AUGAAGCGGAAGACGCGGAACAAGAUCAUCGUGUGGACGCUGGCCCUGGCCGCGGCGGCGAUUCUGGUGGGCGGCACGAUUGCGCUGGUGCUCACGGCGGGGACGUGGAAGGCCCAGAUAAAGAAGUCGCAGGAGAAGAUCUGCAACAAGGGGUGGGAGUGCUCCGGGAGCAAGUACUGCUGCAACGACACCAUCACCGACUUCUUCAAGGUGUACCAGUUCGAGAACCUCUUCGCCAAGCGCAACACCCCCGUCGCGCACGCCGUCGGGUUCUGGGAUUACCAGGCCUUCAUCAUCGCCGCGGCACUCUUCGAGCCCCAGGGGUUCUGCACCACCGGCGGCAAGCAGAUGCAGAUGAUGGAGCUCUGCGCGUUUCUUGGACACGUCGGCGCCAAGACCUCAUGUGGGUACGGCGUGGCUACCGGCGGGCCGACGGCGUGGGGGCUAUGCUACAACCACGAGAUGAGCCCCGACCAGACCUACUGUGACAAGACCUACACCCAGUGGCCCUGCGUUGAGGGCGCCGAGUACUACGGCCGCGGCGCGAUACCUGUCUACUGGAACUAUAACUAUGGCGCCGCAGGUGACGGGAUCAAGGUGGACCUGCUCCACCACCCAGAGUACCUCGAGCAGAACGCGACGCUGGCAUUCAUGGCGGCAAUGUGGCGGUGGAUGACGCCAAUCAAGAAGAACCAGCCGUCAGCGCACGAAGCGUUUGUGGGCACCUGGAAGCCCACAAAGAACGAUACGCUCAGCAAACGCCUGCCUGGGUUCGGUGCCACCAUGAACAUACUCUACGGCGAAUCAAUCUGUGGCAAGGGAUUUAUCGACGCCAUGAACACUAUAAUCUCUCACUACCAGUAUUACCUUGACCUCAUGGGUGUUGGCCGUGAGCACUCUGGCGACAACCGUGAUUGUGCUGAGCAGCUCCCGUUCAACCCCUCAAGCCCAACAGAUGACCAGAAGCAGCAGCAAUCAGGAAGCUAA